ACUCUUUUCAAAGUUCCAUAUUCUCUCUCAUCUAUUGAAGGCAAUAGAGAUCUUGAACACUUCCACUUUUUCACAGCCCAUUAUUUCCUGUUCAUAACCAUCUACAACCGACUUUCUCAAUUAAGAAAAAGGGGGGUCUACUCGUUGUAUUUUGGUUGAAAGCUGGAAUGUUUGAGCUCAUUUUUGGUGGUAAUUUGUGCUUCUUAUAUAUAUUUAUUCUAAAUUUUAAUGCCAAAUUUGAAUCUUUGAAUUUUUAAGCUCAUUUAAGUUAGUGGGUAUUGCUUUUUUUUUUUGUGGGUUUCUUCAAGAUAUGAAUGUUGUUAGAUAAAAAUUUAGCUUCUUAUUGUAUAAUCUCGAUCUAUUGCUAAAAUUUUCAUCUUUUUAUGAGUUAGAUCGUUAUGGUAUGCUAUUGGGUGAGCUGGGGCAAGUUAUAAUUAACAAAAUAUGGGAACUUUAUUUCUUCAAAUGUUGGAAAAUGCUUAUUUUGUGCAUUGUUUAUAAGUGGUAAUAAGAAAAUGCUAGAAUUAAUUGCAAUAUAGAGGCUGUAAUUGGAAAAAUAAGUUUUGGUUGUGUUUAGGGAAGUCAAUAGUUACUAAAUUUGGAUGCUUUUUAAGGGUCAAACUGCCUUAUUUUUAGAGUGGAGCUAGAUUUGUUCUAAUGGCUUCUAUUAGAAGAACACUGUCUCCUGUUCCACGCCCUGGUUCAAGAUCAAAUGGUGAAGCUUGUUCAGUAGCAUCCCCAUUAUCUAAAUCAUCUUCUACUCUUCAAAACCCUAUACAUCCAAGUGGAUUAACAUAUUCAUAUUUCAAUUCAUUGGAAUAUGCAUUGUAUAAAGUGCAUAAUUAUAUCCUUAGUUGGUUUUCACAUAGAUCAUCGCGUUCGUUAGAUAGAUCGAAACCUAAAGGGCAAGUGUGGAGAAGGGCACUCAUACAUUUUUUAGUGUGUUUUUUGGUUGGAUUGUUUAUUGGAUUAACUCCUUUUGGUUCCAUGUCUUUUCCUGGAAGAUAUGGGCCUCAAGAUCAGACCUUUUUCUUUGAUAUGAUGCGUCCCGCAGUUAAAUAUCCGCCUUUUAGUGCUAGAAAUGUGUCCUCUGCAACCGAGGUUCGUUUAGAGAAUCAUUUGAGGUUGGGUGUUGAGAAUACUACCUUGCAAGAGUUAAAACAAGGGUCAAAAGAGAUGGAAAGGAUAUCUAGUGAAACACUAGCUGUUAAAUGGGAUCCUCCAUUGGAAGUUCGGAAGCUCUUGAUAGUUAUUACUCCUACUUAUACUCGACAAUUUCAAGCGUACUAUCUCAAUCGAUUGGCGCAAACGUUGAAACUUGUACCUUCACCUUUGUUGUGGAUUGUGGUUGACAUGAACUCUCAAUCUAUGGAAACAGCCGAGAUUUUGAGGAAGACUGGAGUUAUGUACCGACAUUUGGUUUGCGAUAAGAAUAUAACGGAUAUAAAGGACAGAAAUGUUCACCAGAGAAAUGUGGCAUUGGCACACAUUGAAACGCAUCGCCUUGAUGGAAUUGUCUAUUUUGCAGAUGAUGCCAAUGUUUACUCUGUUGAUCUUUUUGCACAAUUGAGGCAGAUAAGGAGAUUUGGGACUUGGAAGGUGGCUUCACUUUCAGUGAGGAGAGGUGCAAUUUUUCGUGAUGGUCCUGUAUGUAAUGGGAGCGAGAUCAUUGGUUGGAGGACUCGUGAAAUGACUCGAAGAUUUCAUGCUGAUAUUUCGGGUUUUGCUUUCAAUAGUACCAUACUAUGGGAUCCGAAGAGAUGGCACCGCCCUACACUUGAGCCUAUACGGCAGAUUGACACCAUUAAAGAGAGAUUUGUGGCAAGUGCAUUUGUUGAACAAGUGGUCGAAGAUGAAAGCCAAAUGGAAGGGUUGCUUUGCUCGAGCAUCAUGGUUUGGCGCUUUCCCCUUGAAUCGUCUUCCUUGUCAUACCCUUGCCAGUGGUACAUUAGCAAGAAUGAUGAGAAGCACCUUUCAACUAAUGUAGUGUGAUCUGAAAUGAGAAGAAAGCGAUUUACCUAUAAGCACAUUUUGCUUUGCAACGUACGUUUGACUGCAAGAAUCAAGAAAUCUUGUGCUGUGAUCGUGUAAUCAGGACCGUCAUUUUUUGACAAAAGUACGUUACACUAAUGUUACACCCCCACAAGAAGCGGGAGUGUAUCUACGAUUCAAUUUUUUUCGUGAGGCUAGGUAUUAUUUUUGUACAGAUCUUCAGUCAUCUUCAACCCGUCUUUGAGUUGGCGGACUUGCCAUAUAUUUGUUUCGCCUUUGCAAAGACGCAAAAGUGCGUUGAUAAUUAUAUUCUAGUGAUGUUAAAGUUUUUUUAAACUAGAUUUGUGAUCGAGUGGUGGAGAGCAUUGAUGCUCGUGUGCAUUCCUUUAGUAUUCUCACGCUCAUGAAAAGAAUUCGUCGAUCUUUGUUCCUACAAGCUUUAUCCUCAUCAGCUGUAUCUUUCAUGUGUACUAUUUAUAUGAAAUGAAAUUUGUGACUACAUAUUCUUCAUGUGUAACCAGUUAGGACUUGGGAGUACUUGCUAUGAACAUGGACUUAAGUUCCUUGUCUUUUUUGUUAUAGUUCUAAUCACCAUUGCAAAAGCCUGUUAUAUUUCCUCUGUUCUGAAAUACUUGUUGUAAUAUAUGAGUUUGUGUUCUAUU